AUGUCAGCCGAACACCAACAGACCAAAGCUGGCUUGCCGACUAGCGUUGAGUUUUUCGCCAAAGUCGCCGAGGCAUAUGAACACUCAACAGGAGGCAGCACCCGCGCCGUCGCGCGCGAAAUCCUGCAGCUGGACUCAUUUCGGGGCCUCUUCGCCGCUCCACAGGACGCGGUCGUCUUGGACAAUGCAUGCGGCACCGCCAUCGUCGCCGAAGAAAUCAUUGCCCGAUGCCGGCAGAGCCCCGGCGGCGGCGACGGCGACGGCGCCGUUCCCACUAUCCAUGCCGUCGAUCCGGUAGAGAGGAUGAUUGACAUAUCCUCGGCCAAGUUUUCAGCGCUCGGCGUGACGGAGCGCUGCGCCGCGGCCGUCAUGCCCGGCGAGAAGCUCGCCUUCGCCGACGGCACGUUUUCGCACAGCGUCACCAACAUGGGCAUUCUGUUCUACACCGACGCCGCAGCCGGCGCGCGGGAAAUCUACCGCACGCUCAAGCCGGGCGGCGUGGCCGUGGUCACGACGUGGGCGCGCCUCGGCUACGUUCACGAUAUUGUCAACCCCGCGCAGCAGCGGGCGCGACCCGAUGCCGAGCUGGUUAGGAUGCCGAUUGAGCCGCGAUGGUUCGACCCUGCGCAGGUGGAAGAGUGCCUGCGCGGGGAUGGCGGAUUCACGAAGGUCAAGGUUGAGCUGCGCGAGGUGCAUUAUGUCGCGCCUACCAGUGACGUUCUGAGUGACCAGCUGCUAGAGCUCUUUGGCGGCGUCUUUCGAGCUUGGCCAGACGAUGAAAAGGCAAUUUUCCGCCAUGCGGUCCGCGAGCUGACUGGCAAAGUCGCCGUGCCUUGUACACAGCUUGAUGGAAGCAGUGGAUUUGGUGUGCCAUUAACCGCAAUUCUUGCUAUUUGUGAGAAAUAG